CGCAAACGUUUAUCAUUUACACAAAUGAAGAUGGAGAAUAAGAAUAAUGCUUUCUUGAUCAUCUUCUCAGCUCUGCUAAUAAUACUCAGCACCACUUCCUUAUCCCGCGCAAAUGACCAAAACGCCCUUUUCCGAUUCAAAUCCGCCAUCACCUCCGACCCUCACCGUCUCUUAACCACAAACUGGUCGACCGACACUUCCUUUUGCCAAUGGAUCGGCGUCCUUUGCGGCACCAAACACAAUAACCGAGUCACGAGCCUCAACAUUUCCGGUUUUGCCCUCCGAGGAACUCUCUCCCCACAUCUCGGAAACUUGACGUUUUUACGACACUUAGACAUUAGUUCCAAUAACCUCACGGGGCCCAUACCCGACGAGCUGUCUCGUCUGCGACGUUUAAGGUCAAUAGAUAUUGGACUCAAUUCGUUUGCCGGACAAAUACCAACUUCGUUCGGAGCAUUAACUCAACUCGAGAUAUUGCGUCUGAAUAACAACACGUUCACGGGGAAAAUCCCAGACGAGAUCGGAAAUUGUUCGUCACUACAAAUAUUGGAUAUGAGCUACAAUCAGUUGACGGGCUCUAUUCCGUAUGGGAUUUUCAACUUGUCAUCUGUUAUGUCAAUUGAUGUAAAGUCGAACCAAUUGUCGGGUAGGCUUCCGAGUGAUAUGUGCGAAAAUCUCCCGAACCUUAAGAUGCUUUCACUCAGAGGAAAUCAAAUGGAGGGUCCGAUUCCAACGAAUAUAGGCAAGUGCAGAGAGCUUCAGAUCUUGUGGCUAACGCGUAACGGUUUUGAAGGUGAAAUCCCUAGUGAAAUUGCAAGCUUGAGAAUGCUCGAGAUUUUGUAUCUGGGGUCUAACAAGUUUGAAGGUCUAAUACCAAAGAAAAUUGGAGAGUGCACUUCGUUGAAGCAAAUAACCAUGUAUGAUAACCACUUGACAGGCGGCAUACCCCAAGAGUUGUUCGGCUUGCAAGACCUGAGGGUUUUAGAUGUGGGGUUUAACAAAUUAGAAGAUGUUACGGGAAACGAUAGAGAUGCUAGAGAUGCUAGGCUCUCGAGAAAGUUUCCCCGUAGUUUACCACAAGAGCUAAAGAAUUUGGCAUUCCUCGAGUACUUAAGCGUGCAAAUAAAUCACUUGUCCGGUUCAAUCCCUCAAUCCAUCUUCAACAUAUCAACUUUGAAAGAGCUGUACCUUUCAUUUAAUCUUUUCUCUGGAACUCUUCCUCUCUCUCCAGACCUCUCACUUUCGAACCUCGAAAGUUUGUUUUUGUCGAGAAAUGAACUCACUGGAGAAAUUCCCAUUUCUAUCACCAAUGCUUCUAAUCUGCAACAGUUGCACUUGCAAGGUAACUCAUUCACUGGCUUCAUACCCAACUUCGGCAGCCUAAGGCUCUUACGUGGACUUUACUUUUGGGGUAAUUCUCUGAGUGGAGCAGAAUCUCCAAAUCAUCAACUUCAAUUUAUCUCUUCAUUAGCUAACUGCCGGUUUUUGGAGCAAUUAGCAAUUUACGAAAAUCCACUCAACGGUAUCCUCCCUGAUUCCAUUGGGAAUUUAUCCAAAUCUCUCACAACUAUCUGGGCAGAGAGCAGCAACAUUAACGGAAUUAUUCCUUCUACCAUAGGAAACUUGACUGGUUUGCGAUUAAUAGAUUUAUCAGGAAAUGCAAUCACAGGAAUAAUCCCACCAACAGUAGGGAAGUUAAGUAAACUUCAAUUAUUGGAUCUUCAUGAUAAUCAACUAAGUGGGUUAAUCCCUCGAGAUAUUUGCGGACUGAGUAAUAUAGGCGAUUUGUACCUAUACGAAAAUAAUCUCACAGGUCCCAUACCUGAAUGCUUGGGAGACCUAAGAUCCCUAAGAGAAAUCUACUUAGGUUCGAACCAGCUAAAUUCCAGCAUACCUCUCGGUUUCUGGAACUUACGGGACCUCUUGUUUCUCGAUUUGUCCUCAAACCAUUUGAGUGGUCAAGUUUCGUUCGAGAUUUCAAGUUUGAAGCAACUCAAUGUAUUAGACUUGUCCCAUAAUCGAUUCUCAGGGGAAAUUCCAGGAUUAAUCGACGGUUGCCAAUCACUAACGAUCUUAAAUUUGUCGGAUAACAGGUUUGAAAGAUCCAUUCCUCCAUCAAUGGGAAACAUCAGAGCCUUGAGAGAUUUGGAUCUAUCUAAUAAUAAUCUUUCGGGACUGAUUCCAGAGUCUUUACAAGGCCUCGAAACACUAGAAUACUUUAAUGUGUCUUACAAUGAGCUGGAAGGAAUGAUUCCCACAGGUGGCCCUUUUGUUAACUUCAGUGCUCAAUCUUUUCUUCACAACUCUGCUCUUUGUGGAGAUCAGAGAUUUGAAGUGCCUCCCUGCAUUGAGAAUAAUAGUAUCAGAAAAUCGAGACGAAAGAAAGUUGAGAGGUUAUUGAAGUAUAGUUUGCCUCCGUUUUUUCUAGCUAUCAUAAUAACAAUCGUCAUGCUAGUUGUGUUGGUCAGGAGACAAAAACGAAAGAGAGGACCUUCUUCUACUACUAAUGUUUCGCUGGGUGUUAUUAUUUGGAGAAGAAUUUCGUAUAGAGAACUCGAAAGGGGAACAGAUGGCUUUAGCGAAACAAAUAUGCUUGGAAAUGGGAGCUUUGGUUCGGUUUACAAAGGAGUUCUUUCUGAUGGGCUAAAUGUUGCAGUAAAAGUCUUCAACUCGCAGUUAGAAAGAGCCAUUCGCAGUUUUGAUACCGAAUGUGAAAUACUUAGCAGCAUUCGUCACAGAAACUUGGUACAAAUAAUCGGUUGUUGUAGCAACACGGAAUUCAAAGCUUUGGUUCUCGAGUACAUGCCAAAUGGCAGCCUCGAGAAAUGGUUGUAUUCGGAGAAUUCUUGCUUGGAUUUGAUGCGGAGGUUACAAAUAGCAAUAGAUGUUGCAUCGGCCUUGGAAUAUCUCCAUCAUGGCCAUACAUUUACUGUCGUUCAUUGUGAUAUAAAGCCAAGUAAUGUUUUGCUCGAUGAGGAUAUGGUAGCUCACCUUGCUGAUUUCGGGAUAGCCAAACUCUUCGAUGAUGGUGAGACUAUGGUUCAUACCAAAACUUUGGCGACCAUAGGUUAUGCAGCACCAGAGUAUGGAUCGGAAGGCAAAGUUACAACAAGUGCAGAUGUUUAUAGCUUUGGCAUACUUCUGUUGGAAAUGUUUACGAGGAAGAAACCGACUGAUGCUAUUUUCAAUGAAGAAAUAAGCUUAAAAGAGUGGGUAUGUGAAGCAUUACGACAGAAUGCAGUUGCAGAAGUCGUGGUCCCUGAUUUGCUAGCAAGUGGAGAUCAACAUCUUAGUGCAACAGAAGAAUGUGUCUCAUCUAUUUUACAUUUGGCGAUGAAAUGUUUACCAGUUUUGCCGGACGAAAGGAUUGACAUGAUAGAAGCAGCAGCUGCACUGCAGAGGAUUAAAGCCAAAAUUUUGGCUGAGACCUCAACUCGUCAACAAUAUGCACUCUCCGUUACUGUCACAUAAUAGAUACACAAUGAUGUUAAAACAAGGCAUGAUUUCGAGUUGUCUGCUUAUGUGUGGAAUAGAAGUGAUGGAACUUGUGUAUUCAAUUUGCAAAAUGUGAUGUGCUAUUUGCAUAACAUUAUAAGCGAAACAUGGUUUCAAAAUUCUGUGAAUCUUGAAAAGUGGUUACACAUCACAUCCACAA